GAAAUUCACGGACUUCUUUUUCCUUCCAAAUUUCAGGCUACAAGCAGGCUACCAACGUUUCGUGGGUGUGGAAUUUUAGUUAGGCCACUUCUUCGAAGGCCCUCCACCGUGCAAGCGGUUAUCCAGUUUAAGACUUUGAGUAGAGUGUAUGCUGAUUAAAUGGAUGUCACCCUGUUCAAGCUAGACAUUGAUGAGCUAAUACAUGAAUUCUCUGAUAGAAAAUCAACAACUUUGGUUGAUAUGAAGAAAAUAUGGCUAUCUUGGAAGUUUUCUUUUAUUUAUGAGGGUGUAGGCCUAAGAACAACGAGGCCUUCUUCAUGCAAUCAUUAUAUGCACACUCAAUAGGUCACAUGUUAUCUAAAGAUUCGUUUUCACAGAGAUUGGGUGGCUUCUACUGUCUAUAUUGCCUUUGUGAAACCCAGCCGUUCGAGCCUCCUUUUAGGAUAUGCUUGUCUCUUGGAGAAUUCAAGAGCCUCAAAUGCCUUGUGGUUGAAGCAAAAAAACAGGAAAUUUUAGUUGUACCUGCUUUGGUCAAAAAGAUGCUGGACAAAAAUACGUUUCUGUUUGGUUUUGUUGAUAUAAACGAGAGUUCAGUAAAUGAUAGGCUCAAUGCAAUCAAUGAUCUUCAGAAUACCUGCAUGCAAGUUGCAUGUAAAACGUUAUUGACAAAUACACGAAUCGAUAGGUUUCUGCACAUGGAUUUGGGUAUGGAACUUGACCAGGAGGUACUGAAGAAAAUGUCAACAGAAUAUUCUGCUGCCAAGGAACUGGCCAUCAAGGAGGCUGAAAAGACAGUGGAUAUUGAAAACAUAAAGCACAUAACAGAAAAUAAGAAGCUGAUCGGAGAUGUAGUGGAGAAAAUGGCGGAAAGCUGGAAUGCUCAGAAGGAAGUUUUCUACGAACAGACUGGAAUCAACCGCACUGGAAAUGAAGGAGAAAAGCAAGUCAUGUUGCAUGGUGAACUUGACAAGUGUUUCAAUGAAGAAGGUCAAGAUAUUGAUGAGGAUAUCGAUAAAGAGUUCAGACGCCUUCUUGGUUAGAAGUUAGCUUCCUCGAAUAGACCUUGAGAUUUUUAUUCGACCUACAGUAAACAAUUAUGAGGUUCAAAGGGAAUGGAGAAAGAGUGAAGGUGCUUGAGAUGAACAAUGCAAGAGGAGGUAUUGAAUAUAUCUCAAGAUUAUCGGCCUUGCUUAUCUGUAUGCGACUUCGAUUUCACCCCGUGCCCCACAACAAUUUUUAUCUCCGAUAAGGGUUAUUCUCGGGAAGAUGGUUACCGGCCUUGCUUAUCUGUAUGCGACUUCGAUUUCACCCCGUGCCCCACAACAAUUUUUAUCUCCGACAAGGGUUAUUCUCGGGAAGAUGGUUCCAGUUGAGUGUCAAGGGUAGCUUGUUUUAUGUUUCCUUACUUUCGUUUGCAUCAAUAAAGACAGAUUAAAAAAACUCGUUCCGUGAGAAUAGCAACUUCUUCCUAUCAGAAUUGCGGAAUAUGGGAUUUUACUCAAAUCGCUUGAGGUAUAAGACAAUAGCUCUCCAAUUAUGCCCCCAAUCGAGCAAACGUCCCUGCCUUUUCUCGAGAGUGCCUUGAAUGGAUUGUUCCGGGAUUUUGCCAGUUGCUUUCCCAGCAAAAGCUCUGUUGUCUGCCUGGGCAGGUAGCCAUAUAUCUGCUUCUGACACCAGGGAAGGCCUGUGGAAACCUCUGGAGGAUGACGGCAGACUAAAGCUUAAGGGAGAAAGAGAUAUGUCAUUCCCGAAGCAGAGAGCACUAAAGCCCAGGGAGUAAAACUUGGCUACGAGGUAUAUUCAGAUCUCGAAAUGUAAAAUGUUUUGUAUCCAACAAUAUUGGUGCACCAAUCUUUUUCUCUCUUUAUCUGUAGAAGAAAUGAAAAAAGCGGCAACUUACAAUGAUUUUUCUCGAUACAAAUUGUUCCUCUGAAAAUUUGUCAACACAUGGUAGCUUAAUUAUUAGUGUUAUAAAUACUUUCUAAUUAUGGUCUGGUAUUUCAGUUAGGGAAUUUUUUGUUUCCACACUGAAAGAUAGGGUGUGGCCCAAGUUCACCUUGAAUUAGUUCUGCAAUGCUGUCAGCAGAGAGAAUAGCUUCUUCUGCAUGUAGGUUUCACUUCACUGCUCAGCUUGAUUAAUUCCUGCCAUUGUAACUAGGAAGUUAACCCGGAUCAAGUUAAGCCAAGGCCUAUUAAUCUCAAGGGCAAGUGGCUUAUUAUUUGCUUGCUUUGUUAGACAAUAUAUAUAUAUAGCUGUAUCCAGUGUAGUGUAUCGUCACCAUUCA